AUGAUAAAACAAAAAAAGAAAUAAUAUUAAAACAAGAUGGAAUAGCUUAUUCAAAAUAAAAGACAAGAAAAUAUGGAGCUAUUAAAUUAAUUAGAGAAAUUGGAGAUAUCCUAAUAGAUAAAAGAGAUGCAAAUAAUUCAGACGAUUACAUAAUAAUAAAAAAGAGAGCAAGAUAUUGAGAUUAUAGCAACACCUCAAUUAGUAUCUCCAAAAUGGUUAAUGAAUUUGAAACCAACAAUGACAUAUGAAAGUGAUGUAGUAACUUAAGAGGAAAGUGAAUUAGAUUAGAUUGUUAAGCAUUAAUUAAAAGAGAAGAUUUAGAAAUAGAAAGUAAGUUAUAUAUUUAAGUAAAUAGGAAAUGUAAUAAUAAGCAUAUUUAGAAUUGAUAAAUGAAUUAGAUUUAUAAUAGAAACAUCAUACAUAUGAUGAAAAAGUGAAAGAAGAUUUCAAAUGUACAUAUUAAUAUUUGAGUCAGGGAAGAUAAGUAAGUAUUGACAUAAAAUAUUAUGAUUUCUCUAAAUUAAAUCCAUAGAAUUAUGUUAACGAUACUAUAAUAAACUUUUUUUUAAGAUUCAUUGAGAAUGACAUCUUCAAAAAUAAAUCUCUUUUAAUAUACAAUACUUAUUUUUGUACUAGAUUAUUAUCAUUUCAUGUGGAAUAUAAACAAAUUUAUUAAUAGUAUUUACAAAAUAAUUCAAUGUUAUAGAAAUGGACUAAAGACAAUAUAUUUAAAAAAUAGUAUUUGUUAUUUCCACUUCAUUUACGAGAACAUUGGGCAGUGAUAUUUGUAGUAAAUCCAUUAUAAGUUUGCGAAUAAUUGUGUAAUAAUAAUAACUCUUAAUUGAGUAAUGAUGUAAAUAAGANCUAUUCACAUAAUAAAAAGGAUUAUGAAAUAAGACAAUAAAAUAAUUAACAAAUAUAAAUUAGAUUAUGUCUAAUGUAUUUUUAUAUGAAAGAAGGGGAUGAAUAAAAAGAUAAAAGAGAAUAAAAGAAUAAGAGAGAAAAAAGUAAUACUAAAAAUUUCCUUUUAUAUUUUAUCUAAAAUAUAAAAUAAUAAAAAAUUGAGUUACUAACAAAAUUGUGUUAGAUUAAUGAUAUGUGA